AUGGGCUUUUUAACAAACACUCUCUAAAAUCUAUGGCUCCGCUCGGCAUUAAACUUUUACAAUGUGUCAGUCAAGUAUCGAACUUUGGUUUAGCAUAAGUUCUUGCCGAAGUUACAAAAUUGUUUCACUUUAGUCCCACUCCAAACCUUUUGGUCUCCUCCUUUUCUGCAACCCGUAGCUGCACACUCUCUUCACACAGCGAUAAUCAUUUCCUUAGAAGUAUUUGAAUGGAGGUUGGAGAAUUAGAAGAGAUACUGAGAGUGUUUGAAAGUUCAAUCUCUCAAAUAAAAUGGCGACUCAAGCAUCCUUCUAAGCGUCGUCUUGAGACAGAUGUUUUGGCCUUAUGCACUGAGACGAGACCAGUUAUAAUGGUAGAUUAUGGAGGUAAGAUGCCCGAACUGCAGGAACGACUUUGUGCGUUUCUCAAACACUGCAAACAGGAGUCUUCAAUUUUUGAGCAUCUGCGGGUCAUGAUUAUAGAAGAUAUGAUCUAUUUGAUACAUUUCAGAGCACUUGCAGACUUCAUCAAAUCAAGUCUGAAGUUGGAGAUCGAAAUGCUCUUUGUGGACCUUGAAAAGGAUCCUCCAAAGAUGAUAACUCAAGUGGAAAAAAGCUCAGCAGCACUUGAACUUCUAUCAGCUCAGAAGUUGUUUGCCUCUGUAUUUUCUGCUGAUGGUCUGAAUAGUGAUCCCUUGCAAAAUCAUGGUAUAGAUUUAACUGCUAAUGCUGGGUCCUCUCUUAGUGAGCCAGUUACUUCCACAUCUUCUGAGUUAAUUGAUCUCAGUUGCUGCCUUCAAAUAAGUCAGGUCACGGUGCCAACCCUUAAUGGGUGGCUUCUCGGUUAUCCAGUAGUGUACUUGUUUGGGAAAGAACAUAUUGACCGUGCUAUUUAUAAUCUCUCAACAAAGUCUCUUCAUAUUUUUCAAAUUUUUAUCUGCAGGGGCCACACAUCCAGUAAAGAAUCUCGGCAAGAAUUAAUGAGUUUUACAGUACCUUUUGACUUGAGCUCGGAGGGCAGCAACGAACCAUGGGCAAAGGCGUUUUUGGCUCGCAUGCUAAGAAGAUGGGAAAGAUGCAAGCACGUAUGGGGAUCUAUACACAUGGAGGUUAGUGGCUGUUAUCCACAGGCAAUCGUACUGUAGAAAUACCUAAAACAUUAUAGAGUGAACACUGAAGUAAAAAAAAAAAAAAAAAUUAAAUUCAAUUCUCAAUAAGAGAAAUGUUUUUAAAAUUCGUAGAGGAUGUUAAUUUUGUUGAUUACAUCCUUACAAUCUUCUCACUACCCAACCUUGAAGUAGAUAUUGAUAACAAGGAGUAUGGUAACGGCGAAUGAAAUGUAGUUUCUUUUACUUUAAACGAUGUACUCCCAAUCUCCAGGUGAAGUAAGUCUUCUUCCCUUUUUUCAUUUUUUUAAAUGGUUGGAGGUUAUGCCGAA